CGUCAUUACGCUUCAUAGUCUCCGUUGCUAGAUAGACCAUGGACCAAACCUGGCAGCAUCCGGCCGUGCAGGUCGUGAUCAAUGGCCACCCUCAGGCGCAGGCGCUGUCGCAGGCUCACCAUGGCAGUGGCCCACCGCAGCGCCGCGAUCGCCCGUUGUAUGUGGAAGAAGCGUUGCAGUAUUCGCCCAUGUCCAGCUCCCCGAUAUUCGGUUUAGAUUGUAUCCUACGCCCGGACGUGGGUCGCCCUCCGAAUACGACUUCCAUCAAUCAUAUCUUACAAUCGGGUCGGACUGCGUUGAGUGAUCUGAAUGCGGAGGUGCAAGCUGGAGGAGCGGAUGAGUCGAAUCGCUUGGAGACGUCUCGGGAAUAUCUACAACAGUUGCUGGAUGGAGACCAGUUGACGGAAUUUAAAUUCAAGCUUCCGAUAAGGGCGGGCAAUAAUCAGCCUCCUCCGCCGCCCGCGGUGCCCCUUGACCAUGCCCCCUCCCGCGAUCACUUGGGCCACUUUGCGAAGAUGAUGUUGAACUCCACCGAUAUAGCGUUCAGGUACCCCACCGCGCCUAAUUCUUACGAUGCAGGCAUCCCUCAGAAACCCGCUGCUUGGAAUCAGAAAGCGCAUGCGAUGAACAAAUCGGUCACUCCGUCCGCUAGUCUCCCGAACCAACAGACAAGCAACCUCUCCGUCGUGAUACCCGUCAAGCCGAUCCCGUCCUAUGGAGAGGGCCGCGGUGACCCCAAGAGAAGGAAGCUCAACGCGGAUGGGGAGGAUAGUAUUGCCGCCGUGCGUCUGAAGGACCAGAAGGAAGAGGCCGAUGCGGCGUUGGUGAAGCUGCAGACUAUGCUUCAUGAGGAGGUCUUUGCGACUGAGGACCAGGAGGAGGCAGGGGUGUUGUCGUCCGAUGUCCAUAGUCGUCUUCAGAAAGCGAUCAGGAAGGUCAUUGGCUUCAACCGGCUUCGUGAUAUUCCGUCAGAUGACCUCAAACGGGUCCAGAAGCUCUGUGAAAAGCCCAUAAUGGAUGCAAGGACCGCGUAUUUGAAGCUGGACGACCCGUCGAAUGAGUCUGAGACCCAAGACUGGCUGAAGCGUUUGGAAGACCUGCACAAUGCUCUCCUGGCAGUCGGCACACUGCUGCAAACCAUGUCGGGCUCGCGGACAGAACGGGAUCUUUGUCCGGAAGAUCUUAUAGAAGCUAUUCCCGACGUCCUCAACCAGACAUUCGAUAAUUGCAUCAUCCCUGCCGUGGAGGCACGACCGGCAAACAAAGACCCCGGAAGCAGGGAUGCCAAAUUCUUUGCAUUCGUUUCCGGGGAAAGACGUACCAUUGGAAGUGUGAUCCAACAGAGCAAAAGGGACCUUGCCCUCUUCGCAGACUUCCUAGCGCGGGUCGAGGUCUCGGAGACUACGAUAACGGCAACGCUGUUUUUCGCAGCCAAGCUGAUCACUGUCGACAACGCGCACACGGAAAAUAACUCCGCCGUGGGCUAUCAGAAGUAUGAGUCUGUCCGACGGGGGGCCAUGGAUGUCCUAGCAAAGAUCUUCGCCAAGUAUCCCGACCAGCGACCAUACAUCCUGAAUGAGAUCCUGAGCUCGUUAGAGAAGCUCCCGUCGGGGCGGCAAAGCUCCAGGCAGUUCAAGCUCGCUGAUGGGAAAAGCAUUCAGUUUCUGACUGCCUUGGUCAUGCAACUUGUACAAACCACUGCCUUAGACGUGCCUGGCUCUCGAUCAAAAAAAGCUGGUCGAACCCCCGAGGAGGAAGAGGAAGACGAGGACGAUGACGAACCGGAGACCCUGGAGCACCUUGCGUCGAAGGUUGAUCGCUUAUACGACAACGCCGUACGCAGCGCCCAGUCUAUCGUCAAGUUCAUUGUCCAACGAGCAAUGACGUCGACCAAGACCGGUGACCAGCCAUACCGAAAUAUCCUUGACCUCUUUACCGAAGACCUGAUAAGCGUGCUUGGUUCGACAGAUUGGCCGGCCGCGGAACUACUCCUGCGCAUCAUGGCUUCCCACAUGGUCGGGAUUGCUGACCAUGACAAGAGCCCGGCUACUGCAAAGAGCAUGGCCCUUGAGCUGCUAGGCUGGAUGGGUUCCGCCAUAUCCGAUCUCAUUGUGACUGCCCAGCAUCUGCUCCCGGCCAUGGAGGAGUCAGACAGCGACUCAACAGACUAUCUGAGGCAGAUGUUCGACGAUUAUUCAAAUCGCGCCUUACACCCGCAGGAUCUCGUCGUGCCCGAAGGCCCCUAUCGCAUGACCUUGGAAUACUUUUCCCAAGAUCGUGACCAGGACAAUUGGCAGAUUGCCAGCGCCCGGGGUUACUAUCUGGCGCAUUGGGCAAAGACGUUUUGUUCUGUUUACUAUAGUUCGGACGAUAAGGAUGAUGGCGUCCAGGAUGAUGUGGUCGAAGAUCUGGUGGAUCUCUUGUCGAAUCUCUUCUCUCACCCGACGUGGCUGGAGACCAACAAACAUUUCGGGAAGAUCUCCACCGCCCAUGGGAGGUUCGCGUACAUCUUGACGGCGCUGAAUUCCGGCUUCUGCAAGGCCUUCGACACGAUUCUGAAGGUGCUUUUGAACUCCAUCACCAGCGAUCAGGCCAAGGUUCGCAGCCGCAGUCUGAAAAGUGUGAUCUAUAUGCUUGAGAAAGACCCGAGUCUUCUGGAUCGAGAUGCGUCAGUCAUGCGCGUGAUCCUCCGAUGUGCCACGGAUGCAUCCCCGAUGGUCCGUGAUUCUGCGCUGUCCCUGAUCGCAAAGUGCAUCGCCUUGAAGCCCAAAUUCGAAGAAGAUGGAUGCCAGAGUAUACUCAUUUGCGCCGCUGAUCCGACCGCUGGCGUUCGAAAGCGUUGCAUCGGACUCCUCAAAGAGAUCUAUCACAAGACGUCGCGUAACGAAUUAAAGCUACGGAUCUUGGACAGUUUUCUCCAGCGGACCGGGGAUCUCGAAGAGAGCGUGGCGGCAAUGGCGCGCCAGACAUUCGAAGAGAUAUGGCUGGCUCCCUUCCACGAACAAAUCGACUCCGCGCAGGAUGGCCCGAGACUGAAGGUCGGCCUCGAAGAGCAGGUAUCAUUGAUCGCUAGUCUGGUACAGCGCAGCGAUACGGCUCUCGACACUCUUGGUGGAUGUCUCAAGAAAGUCCUCUCUGACAGUUCCAAGUCUUCCAAACUCAACUUCAAAGUUUGCAAGGCGAUGGUGGCGACAAUGUUUGAGAAAUUGGUCGAAGAUACUGCUGACUCUUCGGACAACCAAUUUCGCCAAGCCCUCCUCCAGACCAUCACUGUCUUUGCCAAAGCAAAUGCGAAGCUUUUCCGGCCCGAUCAGCUGGAGAUACUCCACCCCUACAUUGGGCACCUUGCUACCGCCGAGGACCUCUUCCUAUUCCGGUCUGUGGUGGUGAUCUAUCGAUGCGUCUUACCUUUCUUGUCCUCUGCGCACCACAGCCUUUUGAAGGAAGUCCAGAACGAUCUGUUCAAGAGUGUGGCUAAACUUGCUCGUUCGGAGCUAAAUGAAGUAAUGGCUUGUCUGUGGACGAUCAACAGCGUUCUGCACAAUACGGACCGGCUCGUGAAGCUCACAUUAUCAGUCUUGAAGCCAAUCCUGCAGUACAAGAACAUGGAUCUGUCGGAUGGUUCCAACAAGGAUUUCCUAGCCCGAGCCAAAAGCUACAUUCGGAUCGCUGGCUGCGUCGGGCGACACUGUGACCUCGAGAAAUACGAGCCACACUUCAAGAGUUCCUUCCCGACCUGGGGUGGUGGCUCCGUCGCCGGCUUGAUGGUCGAUGCCAUUAUCCCCUUCACGCUUGCUAAACAACCAUUGGAUCUACGAGUGAUGGCCCUCGAGAGCUUGGGUUCCGUGUGCCAGUCCUGGCCUGGCCAAUUCGGCCGCGAAGGAACACGGAAAAUCCUAUCCAUGGUGUUCCAGGAAGACAACCCCAGCCUCCAGAAUAUCGUGCUCCGGUCAUUUGCCGACUUCUUCGCCAUGCACGAAGGACGCGCCGAGAAGGCAGUGCUGCCGUCGGCCGAGAUCGCUGACCAGGAAAAUUCGACGAGGUUAGGAGGGUCGCUGAGGGCCAGUGAUAACGAUGGGGCCGCUGCGUUGAUCGCCCAGCAUUUCCUGCAGAGCAUGCUGCGGAUCGCUCAAUCUCGACAGGAUGCCUACGCUUUGACCGCCAUCGAGUUGGUUGCCAGUAUCAACCGUCAAGGCCUAGUCCAUCCCAAGGAAUGCGCCGGCGUUCUGGUCUCGCUUGAGACGUCGACCGUCCCUGCGAUUGCCAAGGUGGCCUUCGAAACACACAAGAUGCUCCACCAGCAAUACGAGUCCAUGUUUGAAAGGGAGUACAUGCGCGCGGUGCAGGAAGCCUUUUACUACCAGCGUGACAUUGUGGGCGAUUCAACCGGUGCGUUCAGCCGCCCGUACGUUGCCAAACUCGCGCCCCUAUUCGAGAUCGUCAAAGUCAGCAAUAGUCGGUAUCAGCGAAAGUUUCUUGCCAACCUCUGCGCGAAGGUCGAUCUGGAGCUGAAAACCUUGGACGCUACGGGUGAUACUCCGGAACACCUGUUAUUGUCUCGUUUUGUCGCCCAGAAUCUGGCAUUCUUUGACUACGCCCAGCUGGCGGAGCUGGUGCCGACUAUUGGGUGCAUGGAGCGCAUUGUUGCGGCGACUGGAACCGUGGUGGCCCAUGCUAUUGAGACCGAGCUGUUCCCCCCAACGGUGGAAGCACCCCCGGCCCCCGACGGGGCGCCUCUUCCUCCAGCAUCCGAGGCACCACUGCCUAUCGUCCCGGCACCGAUGCCCAGCGUACAGCCGCCGGCGAAUCCACAGACGCUCCGCUUACUGUCCACGGCAGCGGCCUCGCUUUCGAUGCUCUGGGAAGCUCGAACGUACCUUCGGCGUCUAUACGGCGUAACAGCGCACGUGCGCAACAAAGACGGCAAGGCGGCAAAGGAACUCAGCAAGUCCGCCACGAAGGUACACGGGGUGACGGGGGAUAAGUUCUGGGACGCUAUAUCCCGCAACAUGGCCUCCCUAGACACCGAGGAGAGCAUGAUCGCCAAAUGCCGGGAAUUUGCCACGCUGCUCUCAAUCGACGACGAGUUCAAGGUUGGCGAAGACGAGGACGCAGAUGGCGACAGCCUCGAUGCCGACAUGGAGGAUGCAGGCGCUGCGGGCGGUGUCAAUAACCAUAACAACAACAAGCCAGGCAAACGCAAGAAUUCCUUCCCCGGACAGAACCCCCCGAAGCGUCGCGGGAGAAAACCGGGUUCUGGGAAGAGGAAGCCCAGCGCUGAGCCCAGCGAGGACGCGCACUGGGGUUGAGGGCGAGUGAGUCCCUAACCUAGUUUUUUCUAUAUUGAAGCAACAAUCAAUCAAUCCAUCUAUUUUAUAGAGCUCGCAUGUGGGACCGGAAUGGCGUUAUGCUCUUCUUCUAUUUUCUUCCCCCUUUGAUUUUCUCUUUCUAUCUGAUAUGCCAUAUUUACUUUGCCCUUUUCAUAUUUGUUGUAUCUUAUUCAUUGAGCUAUCUAUGCUGGACGGGGGCGUCGUUGCGGUGCACGAUCUGAAGGACGAGGUGAUAUUGAGGGUUUAUCUAGCU